GGCACCUCCCCUCCCCCUUCCCAAACGGCCGCCGGGCUCACGUGACUUCCGGGCAGCCAAUCGCGUUUGAACUUUGGUUGUUCAUCCGCCCGUUCCCCCGCCCCGCGGCGCUCCUGCGAUCAGACCGAUCUAAGAUGGCGGCGGUGGAACCGGAAACCACUCCCAACCCUCAGCCUUCAGAAGAAGAGAAAGCUGAGCCAGCAGCACCUAGUCAGGAGGUUGCCAGCCCUGAACAGUAUAUUAAGCAUCCACUACAAAAUAGAUGGGCACUCUGGUUUUUUAAAAAUGACAAGAGCAAAACUUGGCAAGCAAAUCUUCGUCUUAUCUCAAAGUUUGAUACUGUUGAAGACUUUUGGGCUUUAUACAACCAUAUCCAGCUCUCUAGUAAUUUAAUGCCUGGUUGUGACUACUCGCUCUUUAAGGAUGGGAUUGAACCCAUGUGGGAAGAUGAAAAGAACAAGCGAGGAGGACGGUGGCUAAUUACACUAAACAAACAGCAGAGGCGAAGUGACCUUGAUCGCUUCUGGCUAGAGACACUGCUGUGCCUUAUUGGAGAGUCAUUUGAUGACUACAGUGAUGAUGUAUGUGGUGCUGUUGUUAAUGUUAGAACUAAGGGUGAUAAAAUAGCAAUAUGGACAACUGAAUGUGAAAACAGGGAUGCUGUUACACAUAUAGGGAGAGUAUACAAAGAAAGAUUAGGACUUCCUCCAAAGAUAGUGAUUGGUUAUCAGUCCCAUGCAGACACAGCUACUAAGAGCGGCUCCACCACUAAAAAUAGGUUUGUUGUUUAAGACGACACCUUCCGAGUAUUCUUUCAUAGGAGACUGCGUCAAGCAAUCGAGAGUUGGGAGCUGAACCAAAGCCUCUUCAAAAGCAGAGUGGACUACAUUUAAAUUUGAUUUCCAUCUAAGUGUUGCUAAGAUUUGUGAGAAGUCUCAUUCGCCUUUGUCUUGUACUUCUGUGUUCCAUCUUUUGUUUUUUUCUUUUGUUUUUUUGUUGUUUUUUUUUUCCUCCUCUAUUUUGGCUGAAGUAACCAUUUCCAAUCAGAACUUGAGUACACUUCACCCCUCAAUUCAUUAAUGUUUUCCUGGCCCACUCUGUAAUAGCUUGAUAGAAACAUUACUAUUACAAGGAAAAAAUAGUUUAUCCACAGUAUUGAGAAAAGAAGAUGCAUUUCUGUACCUGCAGGAAAUUACUCUGUUUUACAUUUGCAUUGUAUGCAGUAACAUUUUGCUGGUUUGGAAAAAGAGUAUGGUGCAUACAGUUUUCUAGCAAUUUUUUUUUAUACAGCAUCACCUUUGCUGUAACGUAUGCUGAUGGCUGCUAGAUUAAUUUAUUUGUUUUCCCUAUUUGCUAACAUUAGUGAUAUUUUGAUUUCAGUUGGUUUUGCUCUUGUAACAUUUGGUGAAGAAUAUGGGAAUAUGACAAAGGUGGAAUAAACAUUAAUUUUGUGCAUUCUUUGGUAAUUUUUUUGGUUUUUUUGUAACAUCAAAGCUUUGCUACAAAUUUAUGCAUUUCAGUCCAAUCGGUGAUCUGUUUGUGUGAUUUCCUAAACAUAAUUGUGGAUUUUUUUUUAAUGUAACACCAUAAUUUACAUUCCUUACUAGAAAUAGUAUGUCUGGUUUUGUAUCUUAUGCUGUAUUUUAACACUUUGUAUUACUUAGGUUAUUUUGCUUUGGUUAAAAUGGCUCGAGUAGAAAAGCGGUCCCAUUCAUAUUAAGACAGUGUACAAAACUGUAAAUAAAAUGUGUACAGUGAAUUGUCUUUUAGACAACUAGAUUUGUCCUUUUAUUUCUCCAUCUAUACAGCAAGUAUUUGUACCUCUUGUGACAAGGCAGUCUCUACUGUGGCUUCUAUUGUAGUAUCUUCCAAGAAAGAUGAAUUCUGGAGCUAUAGUAUGUUGAAACUUCUAAUAAAUCUGUUAGCUAGCACCCUAAAUCAAAGUGAAAUUAUGUUGAUGUGGUUACUGUUUUUUCCUAGUGGUUGGUCUAAUUGACGGUUUGCAUUCUUUCUCUUUUGACUUUCGUUUAUGCCAACCAAGAAAUCCAAGGGUACAUAGAAAGCUGUCUAGUGUCAGGUAGAAACUACACUAAAAGCACUUGAGUGAUUCUACUUUAAGUAUGUAGUUCUUAUAUGAAGUACAAGUAGAGUGCGCUAGAGACAUGGCUACAAGGUAAAAGUAUACGAGGAUCUAGAUAGUCUGCUGUUACGUAUAUCUUAGAAUGGAAUUUAAACUUCCAUUGGCUUGAAAGUUUCUGUGGGAUCUGCAAGUUUCCUUGACUUGCAGGAUUGGGGGAGGAUCUUAAAGGCUGUUGAGUUAACUUCUUGUCUUGAACACGAGAGAGGCUUUUUCUUUCCACUCUUUUAAAGAGCUUUAUUGCUAAUUUCUUAUUUUUAGUGUGUGAUAUACUUUAAGAUCUUGCCAGGGCUAUGUAGCCUUUCUUGAGAUAAACUUAAAGGCAAAUGCUUGUUUGGCUUUUGAUCUUUGUGAUAAUUCCUUAAAGCAAGUUUAGUCACUGUGGACAGUGAAGCUUCAGUUGGAUCAGGCUUUUAAAUCCUCCUGAUUAAUGCGCUGAAGUAUUUUUGUGAGCUAAAGUGUACUUGAAUACUUUCUUGCACAUUUUUUCCAAAAUGUGACAUAAAUAGCAUGUCAGACUAUACAGAAAAGGUAUUGCAUUAACUUUGGAUCAUUAUGUCCAAUAGAAACACUUCCAGUAGGCGUGUCUAGCCAAUGGUACUAUGUCUUUAAUACUGGUCACUAACUGGGAUAGAUGUUAGAUGUGGAGAGAGUGGUUAGGCUGUUUCUAUGCUGGUCUCUCUGGAUUCUGGUGUAACUGAUCGCCUUCCCUGAUUCUGCGGGUGGGCAGAGCCAGCUGGAUUUAUUAGGGCCAUUCAUGAUAGAAAAUAGCAGUCACUGCCUGUUCUCCGGUUUACCGUUUCAGUUUAUCAUCUUUGCAAUUGAAGUAAGCUCUUUGAACUAGAUUUCUCUGAACUACUAUACCAUCAGUUUCAAGCUGAGUAGACUCUGUAAUUUGGGAGUACUGGUGCAAGGCUCACUAUAAAGUGUGUAACAAGGUAGAGCUGCCAUUCUGUGAAGAGUGUUCAGAUUGAGUGCUGUUGUGAGAAGUACAUAGUAAUGGGUUUGUUUCAUUUCACUACAAGACUGACUGGAAUAUUGUUGAGGAUAGCAGCAUUUUUGUUAACCCAGAAAAGUGAUUGAUAUUUUCUUGGUAUAGUCUCAAGGUUUUGAGCCUGAGCCUAUUUAAGCAGCCAACUGACUUGCACUGCAAUAUGAGAAUUGCAAGUAGGUUGAUUUGAGGCUUGUCACUGCUUCAGGUAACAAAUGCUGUGUUUCUAGAAGACUUGAGUGAAAAUUAUACAUACUUGUUUUAUCAAAUAAAUAACCUAUGCCUUUAAUUCACUGCUAGAAGUAGCAAGUGGCCAUGAACGUAGUGUUCUCCAACUUGCACAUCACUUUGUGCUGCAUACUAAUGUUCUUCUGAUUAUAAUGGUGUGGUUUGUGUUCUUACACAAUGGGAGAAAGCCGAGAGCUCUCCAUUCUUGUAUUAAUAAAAUGGUCACAGGCUCUCGAGAGGAAAAAGCAGUAAAUGUUAAGUAUCUAGUUUUGGUACAAAAUACCUGGCAUCAUUAAACUUCCAGCUAAGUGGGUAGCCAUGGUGAAUGUGUGGUUUAGUAACCCUGAGAAAACUAAAGAAUAAAUGUCUGAAGCUUCUAUUCAGAAGUGGUUCUGUAUGGUACCAAACCAGAAGAGCAAGGAAAGCAGAAACUUGCUGUUUUUGAAGAGGUAUCAGAAUGUGCCCAAAUAUACCUGGGAAGAAGGGGCAACAGAUAGGGAAUAGUUGUGAAUUAACAGCUUCUGGGUGUACUGCAGUCUUGGGCUGUGCAAUGCUUUUCAUUGUCACUUUGUUUUGUCAUCCUGCAGUGUCUCUGUCUUGUGUUUCGGGCUGUCUCUAGCUCAGGAAAUUUAAUGUUACUCAAAAUCUGGGAACUUGGAAUAGCGGCUUUUUACAAAGCUUGGACUGAGCUCAAAACUUCAUAUUACCUAAUGGGAUUUUUUUUUCCUAUAGAGAUGCUUGGAAAAACUGUUCUGGACUCCAUGGGACCCAUACUAAAAGGAAAGAAUCCAUUGCAUUUCAGCUUAGUAAAGUGACAUGGAUCUUCCCUCUGAUAUGUGACCUCUCUUGUUCCAGGAAGUGUUACUUUUGAGUCUAGGACCGAUGGUUUUAAACCCAGAUUUCUAAGAACAUCCUGCACUGAAGUACUAACCAAAUAGUUGAACUUAAUAGUUAAACCCACAGACCUUUCAAGCUGCCUAGCACUUAACUUGUGGAUGACUGUGUCUGCUUCAGAACAGUCAGUAGUUUCUGCAAAUUGUUUUUUGCAAGUAGUUUUUAGGUUAGCCUUAUUUAAUGCAGAAUUUGUGCCUUUUCAUUGGGCAACAAACAGACAUGAAAUGACAAAUGAAAAUGACAUCACCAGUAAGGUAAUAGUUUCUGCAUAUUUCACAUUGAGACAUUUCAUACCUGUCUAUUGAAACUAGACUUGGAGAGCAGGGGUGCAGGGUGUAUCAGCCAGCAGUGUGGAACAGUCCUGGCAGUUGAGGACACCUGCUGGGCCUCUCCAUCAUUUCAAAUCUCCAGAAGCUGUUAAAUGUGGAAGACUUUAUUAUAUCUUGGUCUCUUUGCAGGACAUUUGUUGUUGUAGCUGCUUGAACAGACUUUCUGCCUUUUAGCUCUUAAAGUUUUUGUAUUCCACCAGGAUUGGUGGCACUGCCACAAAGGCACUGCAGCAAUGCCUUUAAUAAGCACUUAAAUUCCUUCCCCUGUGAUGAAAACCACGGUCACUUCUGCUCCUGCCUGGUGGCUGCCUGGCACUUUCCUAAAAGACUAUGGGAUGCCCUGCUAGCCUUCCUGUCUUGAAAUAAAGCAGGUUUUGAUGUCCAGAGCUAAAUGUGAAUUGUGGCUGAGGACAUGAUGAUUGUUACGCCCUUAGCAUUAACUUGUUUUGUGUGAUGCCUUAAAUGUAAACACAUCCUAGCUGGAGUCAGUCUGUUGGUACCGGUUUGCCUGCUAACCAAAUGUAACUCAGAUUUACAUUAUUUUCUUUACUAUUAUUCCCUGCUAGUGCUGAGUGUGUGACAAGCUUAGCUGUGAAUUUGUGGGGUUUGUGACUGCCUGUGCUUUCCCAUCUCAGUUUUUCUAAAUCCUGAUACUUUUCAAGCUUUAUUAAAAUAUAUUUAAUAAAGGGAAAAAUUAUCACUGAGUCUAGUUACUGCUUCUUUUGGUCACUGAUACCAUGGAGGAUUACAGGUGUUGCUAAACACAGAUACAGGCUGUGUGUGACUUCUUUGGCAUAAUAUUCUUCUUUAUGGGAUUUUCACUUUUUUUUUUAUCUCUAGCCAUGUAAGUAUAACAGGGAAAAUGAUACUUGAAAAUGUGUGUGAAUAUAUCGUACAUAAAGAAAAAAAAUGACUCAUUUAUUUUUUCUAUUUUUUUUUCAAAGUAGAAAACUUGUUAUUUCUAAAAGGUUUCUUUGACUUUAUGUAACUAAUGAUUGGGUUUUGCUUUCAAUAGGUAGUUGAAUUUUUUCCUUAUGUUGUGUCUAUUAAUGUUAUUGAGGAAUUGGAGCCAACCUCAUAGGUAAGGUUUGGUGUUCUUUGAAGAAAAGCUAGUUUUUGAGCCUUCCUCUGUAUGUAUAGGGUAGUUCCCAUAGUGCAUCUCGCCCUGAGCCAUACAAAUAUGCAGAACGUAUAAUGGGAAAUUGGAAGGUAUGACUUUAUUUCUGUAGCUUGAACAAAAAUAAAGCUUCUGAGGAACUGAA